AUGUCUCAUUUUCUGAUCAGGCAGCUCAAGCUAUCGAAACUAUCCCUCAUCCGAGUAAGCCACCUCACCGUUUCUUCCCGGAGCUUCUCUAAUUGCAUCUUCAAAGUAACACCUUGUGGAACUACUCAGAGAGAUGGCGACGUUGGAUAUCUAGCUAUCUACAGCUAUGUUGACAAAUUGAUCGACUGCACACAAAAGAAGGUGCCUAUGGAGUUAGUAAAAGAGAUGGGAACCAUAGGAGCAUCCCACGGCUGGGUAGCAACUUUAAAAAACGGGGUUGUGUGUCUUCAAGAUGACCUAGACCCCUAUGCAUCGUAUACAGACCCAAAACGCAUUCCUUUGCCUCCACUUGUAACUCUACCCCAUUGCCAAACCCAAAUCGUAACCAACGUAGCCAUGUCCUCUUCUUCUCCCGACGAGGAUGAAGACUGCAUCGUGGCUGUAAAGUUCUUGGGACCUCAGCUAAGCUUGUGUAGGCCUGCUCAUAGAGAUUGCAAGUGGAGCAACAUCAGAAUCACAGACCCCAGCUUCUUCUCCUCCCAUGUAAUGUACUCCAAGAGAGAUGGGAUGUUCUCCAUGCCAGCUUCUGGAGGAAACUACACUGCAUCUUGUGAUCUUGGGAGACACGUGACCGAACCAAAGAUUCAGAUGCUGUCGUACCCGAAACAACGCGUGUUUGAAGACCUGUAUGUAAAGAGCACGGGCACGUUUUUCGACAAAGAGUUUCUGAGAAAGUUCGACUGGAAGUACACGGACUGGUCUUGCAGGAUGGAAGCACUACUUGGUGGAGUCUUCACACACAGGCGAGACUUUUCUUGUGAAAUGGUCUAA